AUGGUGAAUGAUUUACGCAAGGUCAGUGGUUAAUUCACUUCAGUGCAUCCUUGAAAGAUAUUGGCCACUUGCACAUCUCCCAUAAUGCACCUUAUUUGUCCCCCAAAGUUUUGCAUUAAGCAUAUUGUUUUCCAUUUCUCUUGGGACGGCUGUAAUACUCAGGAGAAAUGAAAAACAAAGGUUAUGAAAAAUUUUGGGCGGCAAAUAAGGUGCAUUAUGUGAGAUGUGCAAGUGGCGAAUUGCAGCCUGAGAAAACAGCCCACAUUUCGCUACGCCACCGGUGGUUUCCUCGCGAAAUAACGCCUGAGAAACGAGCGCAGAAAUUCCAUACUGAUGACGCACAGUACCCUUUUCUGUGUACAGCUUCUGAUUGGUUGAAAAUUUGCUUCAUCCAAUCAGAAGCAGUACCUAGAUCUGGGUUGUGACAGGUCAUCAGUAUGGAAUUUCUGCUCUCGUUUCUUAGACGUCACUUGGUGUAGAAACCACCGGUGCCGUCGCGAAAUAUCGGCUGUUUUCUUUGGCUAAAGGUAACACGGUUAUUGGUUCCUGCAUCCUGCAUCUAUUUAUGCAUACAAAGCCAAAAGUUGUACUAAAUUUGUUAACCAAAAACCUUUUGUUCAUCAGUACCUACAAUCGGCGACAAUCCUCAUUCAAAGUUGGGGUGUUUAUUGUUUUCUAUAUUGGUAGCUCGAACAGCGGCACAAAAUUGCAUGGAGGAAAUAGGGGAGGAAAAGCUUGAUUUUCUCCUUUAGAAGUCAGUAAAACGUCAGAAAGCCCCUUUAGGGCGAAGUAUGUCAACCAAUUUUGUCACCGAUUGUAGACUGUUCACAGUCUCCUAUGUUUUCGUAAGAACAUCGAGAUCGCGGGCUCACAAUUACGGGCGGUUAUCGUAGUUUUAAAUCCACUGAUGCGGCGGGCCCCGGGGUUAAUAGCGGUGGGGAAAGGGAGGCUAGAAAAAUAGCCGUCCCCCUCCCCCUAAUUAAAUGUCGUGAUAUAUUACCUUAUCGCGACCUUAAAGGGUGUCUAGCCGGAAGUUUAUGAGAACUAUUGUAAGUGUGUGUGUUUCAUGUAUUUUUUAGUGCCUCAGAUCAGUAUAUGAUUCUGGGAAGCUUCCCACCUACCCCUUCCCCAAUCGAACAUUUUGAACUAAGUGAGGAGUUAUUGUUAAGCCCAUUACAUAGAAGGGGCAAUUUUUUUGAAUUACACCCAUAAGACAAAUUCCUUAUUUCCCUUUAGGGGUAGCCUAAACAUCUGACACCAUAUAUAUGGUUCAGAAUAUAUUUGAGCUGGACUGCGAGGUGUCACAUAAUUUCCUUACUGAGGGAAAUUUGUGCACCCAAGCGGCAAGAAAGGGGAACGUAAAUGUUUUUGUGUAAGCACGUUCUCUUGUAAACGUCUUAGCUGAGAUAAUAAUUCGACACAUUGUAGAAAAAAGGCGCAAUGCAGUUAGUCUGUAUGGAAUAAUAUAUAAUGUAGAAUAACCGCACGUGCUACGUUCCGUUCGGCUAGUUUAAUACUGCACAAAGGCUCUUAAUUCAGUGUAGGAUUCAGAAGCUGCGCGAAGCCAACUCAAAACUCGAACAAGAGAGCAGCAGCACAUGUGCGGCACCUGCUUACAAGCUUGUCUUAGCUACAGCCUUGUCGUGCGCUCGUUCUCUUUAUAGCACGCAGCACAAAACUGACAAAUGCGCGCAUGAAAGGCGUUAGACUAGCAGUUAUUUUCUUUUUUCAUUAAUACAUGUAAGUAUUUCUCUGUUUGGUUUUAGGACUGUUUCAAAGGAAAGACGGUUUGCGCUCCUCAAAUGGUGUUUUAAAAUUGUGGUGGGAGUAGCGCAUUGCCCAAAGGAGACUGGUAUCUUAUGAGCUAUAGCAUAGUAGCAAUGUAUAAACAGAACUGGGACAACUUUGGAGGAUUCUCAAAGGAUUUUUUCAACAAGAAAGCAUGGGGCGGAGAGGACUGGGACAUAAUCGACGGCGCCGUCAAGAGUGGACUAAAAAUAGAGCGAAAACGAUGUCUGUGGAUUUGCCAUUACUAUCACACUAAAGUGGGAAUGUGGAAUCAAGCAACUUGA